AUGGCAAACCUUAAUCCAGUCGAGACAGUAGAAGAGGAUGCUGCAGAUUUGUUAUUUCCAAAAGAAUUUGAGAACGCAGAAACAUUAUUAAUUAGCGAAGUUCACAUGCUUUUGGAGCAUAGAAAGAAGCAGAACGAGUCAUCGGAAGAGGAACAAGAGUUUAGUGAAGUUUUCCUUAAAACCUACAAUUACACAGAAAACUUUCGGAAGUUUAAAAAUAAAGAGACAAUUACUGCCGUCCGAGCAUUAUUGAGUUCAAAGAAGCUUCACAAAUUUGAGCUGGCUGCUUUAGGAAAUUUAUGUCCUGAAACUCCAGAGGAAACAAAAGCAUUGAUUCCGUCCUUAGAAGGACGAUUUGAGGAUGAACAACUAAGAGAGAUUCUUGAUGAUAUUGGCACUAAGAGAAGUCUUCAAUAUUAA